AAUCAAAAUGAAGUUUAAAUUCAAAAACGUUUUAAAACUUUUCAAAUUGACAAAGUGGCAUCCCCAAACAGUGCUAUACAACGACGGACGGCGCAGCUGUUCCGUUAGUCACCGAAAAUGUUGUUAUUGAAUAAGCUCCCCAGGAUAUCGCAACAACUGCUCACAAGGGACGCAAAGGAUCAGCGAGGAAUUUGGGGCUAUGUGGCCGUCGCCUUCAACCAGGUGGACGCGGAGCGGCUGGCCAAAGUGGGUGCAAACCGUCUAUGUGCCGAGUGGGUUGUGAAAAACGGAGGCGGAGUGCGAUUCGUGGAGAAUCCCACAAAGCUUUGGAAGGAUUACAACUCCCUGCCCGGGGAAAAUACUCAGUUUUGCCUCAAGGUAGUGGACGCCUCCAAUUCGUCGAUCAUGAAAAUAGGCCUGGAGCAUUUAAAGGGCUGCAAGAGCAUCGACACGGUCAUUUUCCACAAUUGCAAGCACUUGGAGAACGACGGUCUGGAGGGACUGCAUCAUAUCGACAGCUCUCUGGAACGAUUGCAGGUUUCCGGCUGCUACAACAUCACCGAUUCCGGACUGGCCGCCAUCGGGGAGCUUCACAACCUGAGGCAACUGCUGAUCUUCGACAUGAUUUUCGUCAAGAACAUGGAGGCAGUGGCCGCCAAUCUGAAGAGACAGCUUCCGAACUGCGAUAUCAAGGCCACUAAACUAGGCGUUACGCUGAAGCCCAAAGAGUGA